AUGUCUUGGAGCUACCUGCCGAUCUGCGUGCUGCUGCUGCUGCUCGGAUCAGCUGCAUCUCAGCAGUACAACACGUCAGCAGAUCCCUCGGCGGGCACAACGCCGGCAUCGCCACUGCUGAAGCAGUCCCAGAAUACGUUUGUACAAUGGGUUCUAUCACUGUUGCCGCAGCGCCCCGGCUCUGCCCCAGAAACGGCCACAGUGGCCACACUGAGCAGCUCACCGACAGCACCCACUGAGAUGCCAGCCGUUGUGACGUCUACAACCACAACCGCGGCCCCCACGACAACCCGAAAAGCAACAACGCCGGCACCUCCGACGUUAAGCCCGCCUCGGAACUGUAGCGAUUGCGUCUGCGGGGUUGCCAACAUUCAGAAGCGCAUUGUAGGCGGUCAGGAGACGGAGGUGCAUCAGUAUCCCUGGGUUGGCAUGUUACUCUAUGGUGGACGCUUCUAUUGUGCCGGCUCUCUGCUCAACGAUCAGUUCCUGCUGACUGCCUCGCACUGCGUCUAUGGGUUCCGCAAGGAGCGAAUCUCUGUCCGUUUGCUGGAGCACGAUCGCAAGAUGUCUCAUCUGCAAAAGAUUGAUCGGAAAGUAGCAGAGGUCAUCACGCAUCCAAAGUACAACGCACGCAACUACGAUAAUGACAUUGCCAUCAUCAAGCUGGAUGAACCUGUGGAGUUCAAUGAGCUGCUGCAUCCAGUUUGCAUGCCCACGCCAGGGCGCAGUUUCAAGGGCGAAAUUGGCAUUGUCACUGGCUGGGGUGCGCUUAAAGUGGGUGGCCCCACCUCUGAUACACUCCAGGAGGUUCAGGUGCCCAUUUUAGCGCAAGACGAGUGCCGCAAGAGUCGUUAUGGCAACAAGAUCACAGACAAUAUGCUUUGUGGUGGCUACGAUGACGGCGGCAAAGAUUCCUGCCAGGGCGACAGCGGCGGUCCCCUACACAUUGUGCCCAAUGGCACGCGCGAAUAUCAGAUUGCCGGCGUCGUAUCUUGGGGCGAGGGCUGCGCCAAGGCUGGUUAUCCAGGCGUAUAUGCGCGAGUGAAUCGCUACGGCACCUGGAUCAAAAACCUCACUAAACAAGCCUGUCUGUGCCAUGCAGAGACCAAGAAGAUCAAGUAA